CCUCAGACCCUUCCUCUUUUUCCCCCGAGACUUGGGCUUUGCCCGUUUCAAGGAGACCCUCUCUACCCCUCCUCUCUCUCUCUCUUCCCUGCUCUGGAUUUAAGCUUCUUCAGUGCUUCAAUGGCAGAUUCUUAAAACGCAAAGUAAUCGUUCUGAGACGAAAAGAGUUGAUAUAUCAGUACCCUAUGGACAGCUUCUCAAGCCUUCUUUGCAACGAAGAUUACAAACUCAUCGAAAAAGACUUCGAGCUCUGCGAUGAAGUCCAGAGUGGGCCUCGGAAGCUGUUCUCGAUUGAUUCUUGUGCGGACUACGAUAUAGUUUCGCAACUUCUUAAGAAAGAACAGGAAAUGAUGCCCAGGGAUGAUUACCUGGCGAGGCUUCAAUCCGGUGGCCUUGAUGUCUCCGCUCGUAAUGACUCUGUUGAUUGGAUUUUCAAGGUUCAUCGCUAUUAUAGCUUCGAACCAUUGACUGCUUGUUUAGCCAUCAAUUACCUGGAUCGAUUCUUAUCUGAGCAUGAAAUUCCGCGUGGAAGUAGCAGUUUUUACGAAACAGGGCCAUGGAAAUACAAGUUGUUGUCCGUAACUUGCUUGUCUGUGGCAGCAAAAAUGGAAGAAACAAACGUUCCAUUGUCUUUAGAUUUACAGGUGAUUGAAGGAAACCCGAUCUUUGAUCCCCAAAAUAUUCAGAGGAUGGAGCUUUUUUUAUUAUCGGCUCUGAACUGGAGGACUAAUGCAGUUACUCCUCUCUCGUUCAUCGACUAUUUCUUGGACAAAAUCACAAACCCAGAAAGCGGAGACCCCAAAUCUUUGAUUUCUCGGUCUGUGGAGAUAAUAUUAAGAACCACCAAAGGUACCGAAUUCCUUGACUUCCGUCCAUCAGAGAUAGCAUUAGCUGUCGCAAUCUCUGUAGCUGGAGAAACCCAGACCAUCGAUUUGAACAAAGCCUUCGAUUCCUGCUCUUCCCCUCACUUAAACAAGGAGAGAGUGUUGAAGUGUUACGAGCUGGUUCAAGAGGUUAUCAAUUUGUGGACUACUACUACUACUACUACUACUCCGCCAUUGAGCCCAGUUGGGGUCCUUGAUGCUGCGGGGCUGUUGAGAUCUAAUAGCAGCAGCCCCAGUACUGGAACAACGGCUAAUGGGCUUCCUUCAUCUGGGACUUCUUUCGAUGAUACUGGUGAGUGUAAAUAUAUAAGCUCUGAAGAAGAGAGAGAGGCUGAAUCUGUACAGAGAAAGAAGAGAAGAGUUUGACUAUUGGAAGAGAAUUUUAGAAGAACAGAAACAGAGAGAAAGGCAGAAAAACUCAUAAAAAGGAGGAGAGUGGGACAGGGAAGAAAUGGGAAAAAAAGGUUUGAACUUUGGUAGGUUUGGCUGGCGCCCAUUUCCUUCCCUUUUUAUUGUUUCUUUUUUGACAGUAAUCAGCUCUUUAUUAUAGACAUAGAUAAUCAAAACUAUUAUAAAAAUAUACUUAAAUUACUGAAAUAAAUCAUGGAUAAUUUAGAAUGAA